CUCAAGCAGGUCUCCCAACACUCACGGCUUGCUCGCGAUCCACGCCCUAGCCGCGCCUAUCAGAUGGAGUGAGCGCCCUUCCCUCUCCCCCGUCCGCCCGUGAGUCCGCCCACACCCACCCUCCCUCUCCAUUCACCCUCUCCGCCCCCUCACCGGUCUCCUCGUACGGAAACCACGCCUUCCGACACGCUUACAAGCAUGCGGUCAUAGGGCGAGCGGAGGCCAGAGGCGCCCGGCCCGCUGCAGGAGGAGGUCUCGUCGCCCGUGGCUGGAGGAGGAGCACCAUGGUCACCUCGCCGUGCCCUGCUGUGUGUGUGGUGGCCGACAGAAAACAUUGGGGAGAGGCGUAACCCCUUGAUGAAAGGGGGGAUAUGGAACCCUAAGUUACUACCCCUUGAAGUGAUUACCGGACGGUGGACAUCGUGUUUGUGCGAGUGUGUUUAUUUUCUCCCGUGCUCUUAAUUCAUGAUGAGGUUACGAAAAAAUCGUGAAACUUGCGGGUGAGGUGGUUGACCUUUCCCCCCCUCUCCCUCCCCCUCCCUUCCUUCCUCCCCCCCAUCCUUUCCUCUUUUCCCUCCCCCUCCCCCAGUAUACCCCUUCCCCUCUAUCCCGAAGACACACGAGAGGAACCCGUGAGGAAGAACUCGAAGCCGGCGAUGAUGGUUGCGUGAGGUCAUGAGACAGCCUGAGAAAAUCAUGGCUCGAUUGAAUGCCAGAAACAGGCCCCAACGUCCAACAUCGAGCAGAUGGGUCAAGGCGAUGGUGUGGAGUUUCAUUUUGUUCGUGGCGACCACUUACACUAUUCUCACUACGUCAGGCAUCACAUACAACAGUUUCAACGUACUCAGGUGGGUAAUUCGUGAGGACUCCCAAGCUAACUCAUUGACCGAGGAAGACUCAUCGGCGUACACGGGGAACCUGACGUGGCAGCAGAUGCAGGAGGCGCGCGUCCAACACGUGUCGCAGGUGUGCUCGGCGCUCAACCUCACUCAGGCGCUCGAUCACUCGGUCCUCAAGCACAUUCUGGUCGACACCAAGCACAAGGCGCUCAUGUGCUUUGUGCCCAAGGUCGCGUGCACGUCCUGGAAGCGCAUGUGGUUCUGGCUGUCGGGUCUGGUCGAGGAGGACGAGGACGUGAUGGCUCUCACGCGGCCGCAAGUCCACGGGCCUUUCCUGUCCACGUUGGCCAGCUUCAAGUUUACGGACGAACGCAAACAAGAGAUGCUCAAGACAUACAAGAAAUUCAUCUUCACACGUCAUCCUCUAGACCGCCUCAUCUCCGCCUACAAGGACAAGCUCGAAAAUGUGGAUGAGGAGAGUAACUUCGAUUUCCACAAACACGUCGGUCAGGAGGUGGAGAGGAUGGUCCGUGGAAGGGUCACGGGCCAAGGUCACAACGUCACCUUCUCCGAGUUCAUAACCUGGGUCACGCCUCCGAAUGGCACUUGGACCUUUGCUCAAAAGAAUGAACACUGGCUGCCCAUGACGGAGCUGUGUGCCCCGUGCGCUGUGCAGUACGACGUGAUCGGCCGCUACGAGCACCUGCAGAAGGACGUGAACCAGACGCUGCACUGGCUGGGCGCCGGGCAGUUCGCCGAGAGGUUCCCCCAGGCCGACCGCCCUUACCACGCUACGUCCCUGCACAAGGAGUACCUCCAGCGACUGUCCAUGCCGGAAAAAUUGCGGUUUCUGAGGACCUACCUCCUCGAUUUUUUGCUCUUCGGUUACGAGAUGACGUAAUACGGUUGUUCAAUUCAUUAAUUUAGUACAUAAAAGGAAAAGCGAACUGUCAACCAUCUCUUUUUUUCAGCACGUUCUAUUUUUUUUCUUUUUUGUAAAAAAAAAAGAAAAUGUCAAAGGGUCAUUUUUAUCUACUCUUGCUUCAGAACGAACUGUACAUAUACGUGAAUUCCUCUACCGUAGCUUCGCAGAAAUCGAAAAAAGACAUUUCCCACAAGAAGUUACUUAAAUAAGCUUUAACAGUGAUAUCACAAUCUAAUGAAUAAUCAAACGUGAUUUUAUUCGCGCCUCUAAAAGCCUUAAAUCGCCCGCUUGCCAUAUCAUAUUAUAUAUAUAAAUAUAUCAAGAUUAAAAAGAAAAUCUAUUGCCACAAGCUUUUAUACAGCAUAUAGGCCUAUGUGCUUUACAAUCCGUGCUGACAAGCCCGGCCAAUUUCUUCCGUCUCAAGUCAGCUAUUAGUAAGGUCUAGAUUUUAUCAAUAUAUACGAUUCCUCCUAAAAUCGCAAUUAAUCUAAGAACUAAAGAAACGAAUGUAGGCCUAUAUUUCACCUAAAAAAAUAUAUAUAAUCUUUAAUCGAAAUAUCAACAGCAACUAUCGCUUUUUCAUUCUUUUUUCUCUUUAAGUACAUCACAUUUUUUUCUUUUAAUACCGUCGUAGUCAUUCUUAUUGCCUACACAACUACAAGGAACAAUCAUAUGAUAACGCUCAAUAUAUUUAAUAAUCUCGAUUCUAACACGAAUAAAUCAACAUUUUCCCGUUUUAUUUGGCGUCGCAUCUCGUUUAAUCCUUUCAUACCCAUUCAUUACAUUCACUGAUUUUCUCAGUUAAGAAUGCUCAACUUUUAUGUAUAAUUCCCAUCACAUUUUGGUUGUACAGGACAUUGCAUCAUUUUCAUUAUAUACUCCCCGUGUAUGAGUGUUGUAUGUUUAGCAAUAAGUUUACUAUGUUUUUCUUCGUUUGUAUAUUACUAUCACAUUUGUAAGAGAUGCUAUUGGUACUAUUUUUUCGUCAUGGUACUUGCCUAGUAUCAUGCAUGUGAUGAGUAACAUUCCUGGUUAAUAUUUUAUUCUCUGAGAUUUGCAAUAAGCAUUUCUGUUUAAAAAUUAAUCAGAUAAUUCUUUUUUUUUUAUUUAUUCGUAUUGAUGUAGACAGUAAAACUAAGUGUUUCAUGUUAUAAGCAAACGUUUCUCUAUUAACGAAAUGGAAUGUUUGCAUAUUAUUCACCAGUCUUUCCACAUUGACGACAAACGUUUUUCUAUAUUAUGACGAGUCUUUCCAUAUCUAGGACAAACUUUUCCAUAAUUACGGAAAACAUUUCCAUACUUAGCCAGACUUUUCCAUAUAGAGCAAACGCUUUCACAUUUGCGUUUCCAUAUAGGAACCAUCUCUAUCCAUAUCUGAGUCAAAUGUUUCCAUAUUUGCGACAAACGUUUCCGUAUAGCGACAACCCUUUCCACAUGACAAGUGUCCCAAUGUACAACGAACUUGCAACAGCGGUUUCCUCACUAUAGUUUGUAUAUUUACACAUUCAACAAACGUUUCGAAGCUUUAUGACUCUGGCAAACUUUUCUAUGUUUGGAACAAACGCGUUCAAACUUGCAGCUAAAAAUUCGUCAUGUAUGGCCAAUGUAUCUCUAGCAAUUCCUCUCGUUAUAGCUAAAGGUUUAUCAGUUAUAACCAAAGUUUCUACAUUAACACGAACUGUCUUUGCGACAAACGUUCCUCAACCGAUACCAGACAUUCCGUAUAUUUAGACGUGUAUGUAAUCCCAAGAAACAUUUCUUUACUUACGGUAAACGUUUCAACAUCCAACAAAAACACUUCCAUUUCCAACCUAUCAAGCCAUUCCUAAUACCGAACAGGGUAACUGAUCAAUUGAUAAUAUUUACGUACAACUUAUCUCCGAGCUUAAUCCAUAUUGCUUUUCUUUCUAAUGUUCUUAAUCUUCGCCUUUUAAAGAAAAACUAAAUAUAUAUAUAUACAUAUACAUCUGGAGAACAGAGGCGUUUCAAGUAAUAGAACGUGUUAAAGUUAAUGUCAGGAUGAAGGAAAACGACUUUGAUUUCAGGCCGAGACUUUUUUUUUCUCUCGAUGUGAGUUUAGGUGUUAUUGUAAAGGUUUCGAUGUAUGUAGAAUACAGAACGCAUAUUUAAGAUCCACAGAAAGCCAGUUAAGAUCGGUGUCACGUAUUACUGUCCGUAGAUUUAUUUAAUUCCUAUCUAGAGGUACACAUAUUAUUGCAUAACACUAUUAUUCAGACAGUAAUGCAUUGAUUGUUAGUUUACUUAGUUUAUUAUCUGCCUCUAGUUAGAUGGCGUUCUCUUUUAGAAUAUGAGUUUUAAACUGAAAUCACUUAUUACAAGCAAAAGCUGUUCAAGGAUCACACCUAAAUCAUAACCCAUUACCCUAAGAAAAAAAAAGAUUUAGUUACACCUCCAUUAUCCAAAGGAAACUGAGACGAUAGAAGACGAUCGACGGAUAAACUUAAAUAAACCAAAAAGGAUAAACCAUAUGCUACCAAAUUCAUAAUAUAUAUGUAUGUCUGGAUGAUUCUUGGGCAACACUUAUCAAACACGGUCAUAGACGCUUACAUGUUAGGAUGUAUAGAGUCUGUCAAUCAAUGUAUUUGAUGCUGUGCGUAUGAUUAGGGACACAAAGGAGCUUUAAAACCAAUUCACUCAAUGUGUGUCGUGUUCACUCCCCGAAAAAGGAUGUAAAAUGUGCAAGCCUUAAAUUAGUGUCCGUGUGUAGAUAGACCUUUCCAAAUCGUGCUCGCUAAGUGGAAUAGAUGUUGAAAGCAAUACGUUGGUAAACGGAUCACGCAUUUUUUUUUUUUUUUUUUUUUGAAGCGUAUCGAAGUUAGAAACGGCGUCCAGUCGAGUUUAAAGGGCGAUCCGGCUCCGUUUCUUAAUUUGUAUGCUGUAAUGAUGAUUAACUGGACAGAAAAUAUGUUUAACGUCCAUUAGUUCAAAUAUCUGCCGUCUGAUAUUUACAGAUAUUACGAAUGUGAUACGAAAUGUACUGAGACACGGGAUGCUAAUGUGAACAUAUCAGAACAGCUGUGUUACUAUAAGUGAGAAACUUUAAACUUCUUAAAAAUUGAUACAUGUACUUAACUAUCAUCAAUUGUUUCUGGAAACGCGUAUGUUUAGGAUGAUGUCUGUACCCUAACCUGUGGAAGUAUGGUAUGAAAUCUCUUUACGGGUUUAUCAUCCACAACAGUAUCUCUGUGUCGUAUUGAUCCAACUCUCUAUAUUCAUAUUAAACAAAAACCUCAAGUAUUACUAAAUACACUUUUAAGUCUACAAGACGAAACAAUACAUGUAAAGCGUUAAAAAUGCUACCACUAUAUGUAUGCACAAACAAACACACAUGCGAUUACAUAGGGUUCAAAGCGGUUUAACUGUACCCGACGCAACUACAAAUUACAAACUCAUGUUCGCUAAAAGCACACCUCUCCCUCCGACAGAUCUGCAAUACUGCCAAGGUAAUUUUGUGUUGCAAAGCCAUAUCAUACUUGAUAUGUACAUACCAUUGGCUAUGCUAUGCUAAGUACAAUCUAAUCAGCGCUGUAUUUUAGGCUUACACCAUCUCAGGCUUUGAAAUAUGUGCAUGGAAGUCAGUAACGAAAUAUUUUUCAUUUUUGUAAGCUUAUACCUGUGCACUGUUCUAUGACUUGCUGAAUAAGUGAUA